CAAUGCCAUCUACUCAAUUCAUUAUAUGGCUUUUGUUCAGUUUUGUCUUAGUGAACAGUCAAAAAAUGCUAACUGUAAUGAAUAAAACUUUUGGCAUUAAAUAUCCAAUAAUUUUGAUCCCUGGUUUGGGAGGCAGUCAAGCGUACUGUGAACCGAAAACCAAUAAGCAAGCUUUUACUGCAUUCAGUCUAUGGUUUAAUUGGUUUUACCUUUUAUUGCCUGAAAGAUUAGCUACCUACUUCAAUCUAAAGUAUGAUCCUGUGACAUAUGAAGGACACGAUGCUGAUGAAUGCAAAAUUGAUUUCCCAGGUUGGGGUGAAACCUGGUCUGUGGAAUAUUUAUCACAGUCAAACUAUAUAACUUAUUUCCACACCAUUGUUUCAGAAUUGACGGAAGAUAAUUAUUAUGUGAGGAAUUUCACAAUACGUGGAGCCCCAUAUGAUUUUAGAAAAGCACCAGAGUACUUGAAGUUGAACAAAAAGCAGGAAUAUGCUGAGAUGAAGAGUAGACAUCAAUCAUCCGUUAACUUUGUUUCUACUCCUUUUUAA